UGGGUAAGUGUCAGAACCCUGCUACUAGAGCCUGGAUGUGGCUCUGAGUUUCAGGGUCACUGACAUUGAUAAGACACCUGCGUCCCAGGACUCGGAGGAGAAACGGCUGAUGGACUUGGCGGGGAAUUUGCGCGGGGUUUUACUGAGCGGGAAGAGACUGUUCAAAUGAGGGGGAGGGUAUAUAAAGGAGGGUUGGCCGGAGCCUCCCAUUCUUGGCUUUUCUGAUGUUCAUGUUUCCUACAGUAAAAGUUCCUGGUGAUACCACAAAGAGUCUCGUGUGUUCAUUCAGGAGCGGCUGUGGUGAGCUGACACUAAGCCAAGAAUACGGACACCAUCCCGCUGUAGCGGUGAGGUGUAACAUGCAAGUGGAGGAUGAAGAGCUCUUGGGCGCCGGAGGAGGAAGGUCGGAAAGGGCCACUCCCGAGACGGACGCUGAGUUCCACCAGCUGGCGGCCCUGGCGUCAUCCACCGCUUAUGCCCAGCCAAAUGGGGUUACCCAGAGGCGCGGAGUGGUGCGGGGAGAUAGCACCGGAGGAGAGGAAGGUUCACCUUCCCCAGGCCCGCAAAAGAUGGUGUUUCUGGAGGAGAGGAUGUCGGCGAUGGAGACCACCCUGGCAGUGAUGUCGAGGGCGAUGGAGCGCCUGGCGGUUUUGGCGGAGCCGGAGCGAGGAAGGGAACUCCGGGCUAGCUCAAUGUGGGACGUGAGCAUGGGAAGCAGCCAGGGCUUUGCAGACCUCCCAGCACCGAAGGGAAGGGAAAUGCGAAAGGAGCCCGGUGCCCGGCCCAAGAUCCAAACGAGCCUGACGCGGGUGGAGGAGAGUGACGACGAAGGGGAAAAGCCUCCGAGAAUCCCGGCUACGCUCCCAACUGAGACCCUGGUGCCCCUGGCGAAUGCCGGGCGUGGCACAGGACAAAGGGAAGCAGCAGCGGGGCCCACUGGCCCGCAAGGGGGCUUGCGACGGGCGGAGGAUUGGGGAUUGCCACCACAGGGACCCCUACCGAGACGAGAGGAACUAAGGAUCGAGUUUGGGGGAGAGUCCUCUGAACUGGAUUUUUUCCUGACCACGGUGAGGGGCUAUAUGGAGGACAAUGCCCACACUUUUAGAACGGAAUCCAGCCGGGUACGGGCCAUUGGUGCAGUGUUGAAGAGGGGAGCGGCCAGCUGGUACGUUCAACUACACGCGCGGCGCGACCCAUGUCUGGGGUCACUCCGACGCUUUAUGGGGGCCCUGGAGACCCGUUUCCGAGAUCCACUGGAGCAGAUCCGGGCGAGGGAGGAGUUGAAGACCGUCUCCCAGGGGCAGAGGUCGGUAUCUGAGUAUGCGGAGGAGUUCCAAUGCCUCGCUGAAAAGGUGCCGGAAUGGUCUGCAGUGACAAAGAUAGAACUCUUCAAAGAGGGGCUCAGGCGGGAGAUCCUCUCCUGGGCGGUGCAUCGUGAUGAGCCUGACACACUGCGCGGAUGGAUUCAGCUGGCGGGGCGCAUCGAGACAUCGCUGGCCCAGGCGAGGAGGCACCGAGGAGGGCUACAGCAGCGGCCGCAGAUGAAAGAGGGGAGCCGGAAGGAGGGAUCAACCCCAGCCGGGAGGAGAACGGAGCCGACAGGGAACGUGAGCACCAGCAGGAGGGGCUGCUUCGUGUGCGGCCGUUUGGGCCACAGGGCUGCCGAGUGCUGGCAGAGAAAAGGGGAAGGCGGAGGCCCGCCCAAACCAAGAGCCGUGGCAGGGAAACGCGCCGAGGAAGAACCACCGAUGAGGCACCACUCGGGGGGGUUGGACGAAGGGGAGGAGGACGCCAUGUCAGAACCCUGCUACUAGAGCCUGGAUGUGGCUCUGAGUUUCAGGGUCACUGACAUUGAUAAGACACCUGCGUCCCAGGACUCGGAGGAGAAACGGCUGAUGGACUUGGCGGGGAAUUUGCGCGGGGUUUUACUGAGCGGGAAGAGACUGUUCAAAUGAGGGGGAGGGUAUAUAAAGGAGGGUUGGCCGGAGCCUCCCAUUCUUGGCUUUUCUGAUGUUCAUGUUUCCUACAGUAAAAGUUCCUGGUGAUACCACAAAGAGUCUCGUGUGUUCAUUCAGGAGCGGCUGUGGUGAGCUGACAGGUAAGUGU